AUGAGCCAAAAAAAGGUUAGAGUUAGGCGCAAGGAUGGUUGUCCAUGGCUUUUAUAUGCAGGUCUUGACAAGACAACAAAUGAUUUCAUGAUAAAAACUUACAUUUCAAAGCAUACUUGCAACAAGACAACUAGAAAUUACUUGUGCAAUGCAAAGUUCUUAGCUAAAACCUUCAGAGAAAGAAUAGUUGAGCAACCAAACAUAAUAGUAUUCAAGUUGCAAGAGUUGAUUAGAAAAAAGUUCAAACUUUAUGUUGGUAAGACCACUGUGAGAAAAUCAAAGGUUAAAGUGUUGAAAGAGAUAAUGGGUGAUCAUAUUGUAGAAUUUGGAAGAAUCCUUGACUAUAAAGAUGAACUAUUGAGGAUAAACCCGGGGACCAGUUGUGUUAUUAAACUUGGUGAGGCUGAUGAAGAAGAUAAACCAAAAUUCCAGACUUUUCACAUCUGCUUUGAUGCUUUGAAAAAGGCAUGGAUGCUGCCACUUGCUUGGGCAGUAGUUGAAAAAGAGAAUACAAACACCUGGACAUGGUUUGUUAGGUGCAUAAGGGAUGACCUAAGACUUGGAGAAAGUGAUGGUCUCACCCUGAUUACAGAUAUGCAGAAGCUUUACUUCAAUACUGAAGUAAAGUGUGAUUCAGUGGAUAACAACAUGAGUGAGUAUUUUAAUGGAUGGAUCUUGGCAGCUAGGCACAAGACCAUCAUUACCAUGCUUGAAGAAAUAAGAGUGAAAAUGAUGAAAAGAAUAGGCACUCUAAGAGAGUUUCCAAAUACUUGGUGUAGUAAUUACUCUCCAAUGUGUUUGAAGAUUUUAGAGGAGAACAUCAACAGGUCUAUGGAUUGUACCAUUGAGUUUAAUGGAGUGGCUGGUUUUGAAGUGAAAGAAGGGUUUUGUCAACACCCAGUGGAUAUUAUCAAGAGCACUUGUAGUUGUAGGUUAUGGCAGUUAAAAGGCAUACCAUGUGCACAUGGUGUGGCUGCACUGUUGUUCAAGAAACACCCCUUGUAUGACUAUAUUAAAAGCUGUUACAGUAAGGAAACAUACUUGAGGACUUAUGCUAAUGUGCUUGAACCAUUAACAAACAUGGAAAUAAGGCCUGUUUUAUCAAACAUUAUUGUUGCACCACCUAAAAUUAGUACCUUGUCUGGCAUGCCAUCUAAAUCUAGGAAGAAGAAAGCUAGAGAAACAAAGAAAUCUGAAAAAUUGCCUAGAACUGGACUAGCAAUGACAUAUAGUUUGUGCCAUGUUAGAGGCCACAACAAAAGAGGGUGCCCUCUAAGAGGACAAUCAGCAGAACCAAGUGCUGCACCAUCAACAACACCUACUGGUUCAAACAGGGGAAGAGGCAGACCUAAGAUAAUAUUACACUUGUACUAA